AUGAACCCUAUCUACGCCAAUUUCAUCGAGGAACUGUAUGUAAUCAUCAAAACAAAGGGAAUGUGCCAAGGAAACAUCAUCCCUCCUAAGAUUUUCGCGACUGUGCUGGAAUCCCUCUAUAACCGUCGAAUCGGUGGUGGCAGAAUUUAUAUUGACGAAGAACUUGCAGUCAUCUUCGCCAAAAACUCGGCCGAGCUCCAAACAAAAAUUGUGCAGUUGCAGCAGGAACCACGUGCCAUUCCUCUGGAGACCAACAUGUCCAUGACAGAAUGA